AUGCUGAACACCGAAAGCGGUCAAAGAAGUCAAUGUCUUUACUCGAGGUGUCAAUUCGGCCUCUGUAGUGUUUACUUGGCUAUUGUUGAUCAAUGGAGGCGGAGAAGCUACGGGUACAGCUGGCUACAGUCCUUAAGUCCCAGCAGCCGGGAGCCCCAAAUAUUGCACCAUCAGAGCAAAGAUCCUUAA